AUGUCUACUGCUAUCUACUAUUCAACUCAUAAUAACAUGCACACAAAUGAUGAUAUAACUAAUGGUAGUGGUUCUACUACAUCUGGUAAUCCAGGUGCCAACCCAUCAAAUCCUAACCACACUAAUGCUGGUGCAACUAUCAACAACAACAGUAAUAUUGGUUUAAAUUCAGCUAAUAAGAACCAUACCACUUUAUUACCUUCUUUGGCACACAUUAUGCCUAGCAAUAGCAAUAACACUACUAAUAGUGGAUCUUCUAUUGAUAUAAGCUCCACACUUAUCAAUCCAUAUUCAAGUGGGGCUGCCGCUGCCGCUGCUGCAGUUGGUGGUGGUAAUGGUGGAUAUUAUCAUCCUCCACCACCACAUUCUCAACAACAACAACAACAACAAUUUGAUACUUCUUAUUCGAAUCAAACUACUCCAACUUCAGCUUAUACCAAUUUCAAUAAUGAUUCUACACAUUCACCUACAGAUAUUCUGAUGCAACAGAAUAUGAAUAAUUUAGCAUCUUCAUCAGGAAAUAUGUCUAUUGGUGGUGGUAUUGAUGGUAACUUUUCCCACAAUAAUAAUAAUAAUAAUAACAACAACAACAAUAACAAUAAUAAAUGUAUUUGUAAAUCAAAAGUCAAUAAAAUUCCUCGACCAAGAAAUGCAUUUAUUUUAUUCCGACAAAAAUAUCAUCAAAUGGUAUUAGAUGAAGGUACUGUUAUUAGAACCAACCCUGAAGUUUCCCGAGAAUUGGGUAGACGAUGGAGAGGAUUAUCACCUCAAGAAAAGGAACAUUGGAAUAAUCUUGCUGAAGAAGAAAAGAAGAAUCAUGCCAAAAAAUAUCCUGGGUAUAGAUAUACUCCAAGAAGAAAUGGUAGAAACAAAAAUUGUCCUGUUUGUAAAAAUAAACCCCUUCCUAAUAAUAAAUCUAAUUCUAUUAGUGGAAUGAGUGGUAGUGGUGGUGGUGGUGGUAGUAUAUCAGGUGCUAGUAGUCUCAGUGGUGGAUUAACUUCUCGUGAUAAUUCAAUUACUAAUGCAAAUGCUAUUGAUUAUCAACAACAACAACUACAACAACAACAGCAACAGCAGCAACAACAAGCUAUACAAUUUCAAUCAUUACCACCAGAUCAAUAUCAACAAUUAAUUAAGCAACAACAGCAACAAUUACAAUUGCAAGCUCAACUUAAUGGAGGUGGAGGUGGAGGUGGUAUAACUAGCAACCCACAAACUAUACCACAAUACAUUACUAAUGGGAAUUAUCCAUCAUACAUAAUUUCUCCAAAUCCUUACUCCACUACUAGUACAACUGCUCCUACAACAACAACUACUACAACCACCAAUGCAUCAUCAAUAGGUUUAUCAGUACCACCCACAGCUACAACUACAUCAACAUCAUCACAACCUACAUCAGCAAAUUCCCAAUUACAUUUCUAUGAAGCUGAGAAAUUAUCUCCAGUAUCAUCAACUCAUCAUCAAAGUAGUAUAAGUGAGAUAGCAGCUCAACAGCAACAACAACAACAACAACAACAAUUUAUGUAUAAUACUAAUUAUAGUACUAUACCACCUAAUAAUACUACUACGAUGCAACAACAUUCCGCAGGUACAGGAAAUGAUUAUAGUCUCAAUGGUAAUAAUAGUGGAAACACUGGUUAUGAUAAUAGAUAUGGUUAUGGUCAACCUAUGAUAAUUACUGGUCAAUCACAACAAGGUUUACAAGUUCAACAACAAGGUCAACAUUAUAAUAGUGGUUUACAUGCUGCUCAACAUUAUCAACAACAACAACAACAACAUCAUCAACAACAACCUCCACAAUAA